AUAUAAUAAAGAAAAAUGGCUAUGAUUAGAACUGGUUUACAGAAAUUUGCCAAUAUAAUUAGUAAAGGACCAGGUGGCAUUUUAUCAAGAUUCGUCACAAGUUUAGCGCCAACAGAAAAAAAUGCGCCAGAAACUACUAAAGACGUUAUUGCUUGUUGCAAUAAAUUAAUAGAAGAGAAUAAAUCAAGAAACUUCGCCAUAAUACAUUUGCUGGGAAAACAGUGGCGAGUGACAGACGGUGACCUGCUAGUAGUAGAAGGUUACUGGCCACCGAACAUUGGAGAUAAGAUCAAAUUGGAAAAGGUGUUACUCGCUGCAACAAAGGACUUUUCUCUGAUUGGUCGACCUCUUGUACAGCCAGGACUAGUUAAUGUAACUGCUACUAUAAUUUCUAAAGGACUUUCGCACACCCGCACACAUUUCAAGAAGAAGAGGAGGAAACAAUUUAUGAGAAUCAACUUCCAACGAGCACAACAAACAAUGCUUCGAAUAAACUCUGUAGAAAUUACUAAUAAGAUCAAUGAACCAGCUAAAAAUAUAUUUUAAACAUAGUAUUAGGAACUCAUUUACUAAGAAUCAAUAAAACAAACAAUAUGUAGU